CCCCCCUCUCCUUAAAAGUGCUGCAUCUGCGUGUCCCUGGCUCAUAUCAUCUGAGGCCUCACUUCAAAAAUGGACCGUGCACUGCUGCUGCUGUCCCUGUGGGCUCUGACUGGAACUGUAUCCCUGCAGGCUUCAGGGUCAUGUCUGGAGAGACUUGUGGGAGAGGAGGGAAGGAGAACGUGUCCGCGACCCUGCAAAGCCGACGGCGACUGUGGCAGCAAACGCCAGUGUCUGUGUGACGGCCAGUGCGGUCUCAGCUGUGUGGCUCCAGGUCGUACUUGUCCCUGGCCUCUACCCCCCAGUGAAAACUCAGAAGCUCGCCUCCUCUCUCCCACUCACUCCUUCUCUGCACUGCUUGAAGUGCGCUGCAAGCCAGGAUUCACAUUGCCCAGUGGCUUGGAUGCCACUAUUCGCCGUUGUCAGGGUGACCGACAGUGGAGUGGCAAUGAGCCCAUCUGCACAGAGACUGAUUCACCUGAACCUGCUGCUGCCCAGACAUGCCCUCUGCCUGAGGAAGUGAUCAACACAUUCAGCAUCCAGGGAGACGCUGCUGUAGGAACGUCCAUCCACUACAGCUGCCUGUCUGGGGCGGAUAUAGUGGGGAGCAGUGAAAAUUUCUGCCAGGAGAAUCAGACCUGGCAGUAUCCUCACCCCAUCUGUAAAAAAAUGUACUGCCAGCCUCCAACAGAGGUGGAGCAGGGCUAUGUUGUGGCUGUCCAGAAGACUGAAUACGAAGUUGGCUUUGACAUCCACUACCUGUGCAAAAAGAACUUCCUCCUGGAUGGACCCCAGAUGAUCACCUGCCUGUCGAAUGGCAGCUGGAGUGCAUCACCCCCACACUGCAGAGCUCGCUGCCUCAUCCCUGCUGAGCGAAGUCGCGUGGUGGUUGGUGGAGUGAAACGCUGGCCGUUUGAUGUUACAGACGCCAUGGUUCCCCACGGGGAAAAUGUAACAUUCUUCUGCAAACAUCCUCAUAAGCAAUGCAGCUUCACUGCAACCCAGACCUGCUUUAAUGGAAAGCUACAGACACCAGCCUGCUACCUUGAGCCAACGUGGUUGCAGUAUAAACUUUUCCCUCAUCGCCUGGUCUCCGAAAUUGAAGAAUGUGAGCCUGGUGACGUGGAGUGAUGGACCUCUCGACCCACCCAACGCUCACGACGCUGUGUCACAAUAUGAACACUUCCAAACACACGCCCUCCAUAGCCCUUUGACCUGACCACUCUGCAGCUUCUCUGUAACUAUCAUUGCUACAGUUAUGGUGUGCCAGCUGCAGGGACUAUUUUUCACAGCUCUUGUGGAUCAGCAAUCUAAGUUGUCUUUCUUUUGGCCUCAUGGGUUUCACCACUGCUCUCAACUUUUCUCUCUUUGUCCUGCGCACUAUUUAACAGCAGGAAUAAUUGUCAAGUAAUUCAACCAGUUCAUACCAUAGAUGCAAUCUGUAUGCAUUCAUGAUGGUGUAUGUAUAAUGCAUUAGUAUAUGCUAUACCAGCUAUACCUGUGAUGAUGCCUUCAUGUAGCCUAAUUCAUAAUGAUUUGACUCUGUGAUGUUUUACUGUGUGAUCAAGUCUUGAAGCUUGUAAGUUUUAAUAUGAGAUUUGAAAUAAAAAUAUUGUCAAAAUU